UCUUUUGUCAGGGUUUCGUUCAUUUGAUCCUUUGGUAUGUUUAAUUUAAAAAUAAAAUAAAAAAAGAUAUAAAUUCUUCCAACUCAUCGGUUCUACUUAUAGAACAUUGUUUUUCCCUCUCUCCCUCUCUUUCUAUCUAUGAUAUUGUGUUUUCUUUUUAUCUCUCGGUUUUCUCCCUCUCUUCGUGCGAUAUAUCAAUUCGUGCGAAGUCUAUCCUUAGUUCGAGGACAUCUUUCUCUGUCUCUUUCUCUUUCUCCCUCUGGUUAGUCGAAGUUACUCUAGGCGCAGGCGUUCGACUCCCGUCCCGUCCCGUCCUUCUCUGAUGUUGACCGCUACGCUCGGUUAGUACGUAUCGCAUCAGUUAUAUAGGCUAUAUAGGUCGGCGGUACGCCUCGCGCGGCUGUCGCUGAAAGCAAGUUCAAGGCCAAAGGCUCGGCAAAGGCCACAAUCGCGUCGGCGGUGUGCCGUGGCGAUGGUGGCGGUGACGACGGUAGUAGUGGUGGAGGAGGACGACGAGGUGGAGGAUGAGGACGAGGAGGAGGUGAAGUGAGGUGAGGUGGUGUUGGUGGUCGUGGUGGUGGGGCGUCUUUGAUGGCUGAAUAAGUGGAGGGGCUGUUGAACGCAAGUCGUGGAACAUCACUCAGUCGGCGGUGAUGCUGUCUCGCGUUUGCACGCGUCGUUCCGUCCCGCACGCGGGAUCUUUGAAGUGAUCAUCACAUCACAUUAUCCACGCAUUACGUUAAAAGAAAGGAGGAGUCGGUUCGACGUAUUUUGAAAAACGGCGUGCACCGUCCCGCCACAAACCUAACACACGGAUAUUUUUUAUUAUCAAUUUUUUCUCUUCGUUUUCUUUUUGUCUUCUUUUUGUCUUCUUUUUGUAAAUCUUAUUCGUUACAUUUCUUGGUGGUUUCUUUUUCGCGGGAGUGACUUGUCAUAAUUCGCGAGUCAGCCUACUAAGGAUAAUUGUGAUCAAGGAUUUGGAUUUAAACGUUGGUGAAGAUCACACAUAAACAAAUCGGUCGACGAACCGAAACUAUACUACUGUACACCACCACCACCAUUAUCACCACUACCCCAUUUUCUUCGUUCGACGUUAUUGGAUAUUUUUUUUUUAUGUACUUUGUGCGUCGCAAGAAGAAGUGUCCAUCGUUAUCGGAGAUUAUUAAGCAACGGAAUUGGAUUUUAUUAACCACAUAGAAGAUCAAGGACAACGUUGCGGUUCUUCUUCCUUUUUUUUUUUCCUACACGCGUUUCCCUUUGACCGUCAUGGGAGACGAGUUACCUAUUCUCAAAGGAAUCCUCAAUGGAGUGGUCGAUUAUCAUAAUGCACCGGUGCGAUUCGGCCGCGUGCCCAAACGUGAGAAGGCCAGGAUUUUGGCUGCCAUGCAGCAGAGUUCCCACAGUCGUUCUCAGGAAAAGGCAGUAGCGGCUGAACUGGAGGACGAACAACGUUUACUCGCCACCGUUGUCCGAGCUCACCUCGACACAUGCGAUUUUACCAGGGACAAGGUCACGCCUGUUCUUGCGAGAGCUCGUGAAACACCUAACUACACGGCCUGCCCACCGACCUUGGCAUGUCCGUUGAAUCCAAAUCCACAACCAUUGACUGGUCAACAAGAAUUACUUCAGGAUUUCUCCAAGAGGUUUUCCCCGGCAAUUCGUGGCGUAGUAGAAUUCGCUAAACGCAUUCCUGGAUUCGGCCUGCUGAUACAGGAUGACCAAGUCACAUUGUUAAAGGCCGGAGUAUUCGAAGUUUUGCUCGUUAGGCUGGCCUGCAUGUUCGAUGCUCAAACGAAUAGCAUGAUAUGCUUGAACGGACAAGUGUUGAAACGCGAGUCUAUUCACAACAGCAGUAACGCGAGAUUCCUGAUGGAUUCGAUGUUCGAUUUUGCCGAAAGGGUCAAUUCCUUGCGAUUGUCAGACGCCGAGCUUGGACUUUUCUGUUCGGUUGUUGUCAUCGCAGCGGACAGGCCGGGAUUACGCAAUACCGAAUUGGUAGAACGUAUGCACAACAAAUUACGCAACGCUCUUCAAACGGUACUAGCUCAAAGUCAUCCACAACAUCCAGAUAUUUUGAGGGAAUUGUUAAAGAAGAUACCAGAUUUGAGAACGUUGAACACGUUGCAUUCGGAGAAAUUACUCGCGUUUAAAAUGACCGAACAACAGCAACAACUUCAAGCGCAACAGCAACAACAGACGCAACACGUUAUAUCAGCGAGCCAACAGCAACAGCAACAACAACAGACGCAGACGGGGCAACAACAAUCUCAACAACAAUCGCAGCAACAACAUUGGGCGAUGGAAGAGGAAACUCCGGCAUCCUGGGGCUCGGCCUCGGACGUUACCCUCGAUGAGGCGGUCAAAAGUCCAUUGGGUAGCGUUUCGAGUACGGAGAGCACGUGUAGCGGUGAAGUAGCAUCUCUGACGGAAUAUCAUCAUGUUGCGGCAACCCCGAGUGGUCAUCACGCGUCCAGUGCACCACUUCUCGCAGCAACUUUGGCUGGUGGUUUAUGUCCGCACCGUAGACGAGCAAAUUCCGGUAGCACGAGUUCAGGCGAGGACGAACUUCAUCGUGGCAGUUUGAGCAAGACACCUCAACCACCUCAUUGUCCACGUUUUCGCAAAUUAGAUUCGCCCAGUGACAGCGGCAUCGAGUCGGGUACAGAAAAAGCUGACAAACCAGCGAGUAGCAGUGCCAGUAGCGCACCCACCUCUGUCUGUUCGAGUCCACGUUCCGAGGACAAGGAAGUCGAAGACAUGCCUGUACUGAAACGUGUCCUUCAAGCACCACCACUUUACGACACGAACUCGUUGAUGGACGAGGCGUACAAACCGCACAAAAAAUUCCGUGCAUUACGACAAAAGGAUAGUGCCGAAGCUGAGCCAGCUGUGGUAGUACAACACGCCCAAUCCCAAUUACAUUUACACCUUACCUCGCAACCAGCGCGAAGUCCAUCAUCGAAUCAAACGACGAAUAAUAAUCCAACCACGUGUCCGCAAACAGCGAGCUUACUUAGUAGCACGCACUCGACAUUGGCGAGAAGUUUGAUGGAGGGUCCUAGGAUGACGGCGGAACAACUCAAACGUACGGACAUUAUACAUAACUAUAUAAUGCGUGGAGAAGCUAGUCCGAGGUCACCACCCGCGGUCUCGCCAUCGCCGGCGGAACAAUGUGCAUCGACUACUACCAUAACGGCGCGUUCCUCUUCACAAUUAUCUCCGGGUUUGCUACAGUGUGCCUCGUCGAGUUAUUCCAGCAGCUCAUCCUCGAGAUGGCCUGCCACCUCAGUUAUUACCACGACCACUGGUGCUCGGCAACAACAACAACAACAACAACAACAACAACAACAACAACAACAUCAGCAACAUCAGCAACAUCAACAACAUCAGCACCAGCACCAUCAACAACAACAGUCUUCCUCGGAUUACCUCGUAGUCGGGAAUUCCCCGGCAUCUUCACCAAGAUACCUCUCGGCGGCAGCGUCGAGUAGUACGAGUACGAGUCCGAGGCCAACAUCAAGUACAGCAACGGCAGCAGCAGCAGCGACCCUUGUCCUAUCUGGUUGUCCAAGUAACAUGAUGGAACUCCAAGUGGACAUUGCAGACAGUCAACAACCUUUGAACCUCUCGAAAAAGUCACCGUCCCCAUCGCCAAGGCCAUUAGUUGGUCCCUGCAAGGCUCUAUCCCUCGAAGCGUAGUGUGGUGCUCUUGCCGUCAGAUGGACACAUCAUCUCUUAUCUUUUUUUUUUUUUUUUUAUUACUUUUUUGUUCUUUUUUCUUUUUUGGUGACUCGAAAAAUCAUGUG